CAAAAUAUAACAAGUAACAACUAACAACCAUUUACCAUUUUAGCAAAUGUUCGUUUUCCUAAAUUGGUAUUUUUGUUUCUGAUCUGAUUUUAUAGAAAUAGAAAUACAGUUCUUUAUUUUUACGCGAACCCGGCUCCCGCAAGCAUUAUCGUCUUUCAUUUGUCCACAUGGUCUAUAAUUGUAGAUUUGUGGAGUCUUAAUUCAGUGUUAUAAAACAGCAGGACAGUAGUAUUCAAUUUCAACAACGCAGAGAUAACAUUAUGAAGUUCAUUAAAGGAAAGAGACCACAAAACGGUCAAGACCGUGGAGGACGUUUUAAAGUUCAGCAAUCUGGUCCUCGUAAUCGUUUACGUGUAGCAGCAGCCAACAAAGCUACCAAGAUAAAACGUUUAAGAGCCAUUCAAAAACAGUCCGCGAAUGGCAAACAUCACAAUAAUAUGUCAAAAAAUAAUACUAGAGUAGCAAUGAAUGUAGUUGAUGCUCGUGUUAGGCUGUUACAAAAAGCUUUAGAAAAACCAACAGUGUUAGUAGAUGCUAGACAAAAGUUAACAAAACAAAAAGAUGCUCGUGAAAAGAUCCAGGAACGUCGUUUAAAUUCAACAUCAUAUAAUCCAAUACAAAAUAUGGGUACCUCAAGAAGCCAUUCCAAUAACUUAGGCCGUGUCAAAAUUGAUAGUCAUGGUAUUCUUACUGUCAAGUCCAUUUUGGAUGAAAGAGCAUCUUCACAUCAUUCUAGUUUUAGAGACAGAAGACCUGACAGACUGCCUUCUGUAAAUAAAGGACGUUUUGAUGGUGUAGAAAAAAGACGUAGUAGUAACACUUUCAAUUCAGAGCUUAAUACAUUUAGAAGUGACAGACCAAUUGAAGAUAUUAGACCAGUAAGACGGGAUAUGAGAAUACCAAGACGCCCGAUACCAAACACACAGUCUACAAGACGGCCACCAGAGCGUCCUACAAGACCAAUGAGAGUUAAUGAUAAACCAUAUAAUAGACCUAUGGCAAUGGAUUAUGAGGAUUCAAUGGAAUGGGAAGAUACAAAUAGAUACUCUCCUACACCAGUGAUGAGACGAAAUGUCGGAAAUGCAAUGUUUAAUCAUGAUGGAUAUCAAGAUGAUUUAUCAGAUAGAAAUUCAAGGAAUAGAGGGUUGAGUGAAACAUUACGUUCAAGAUUGGACUCACAUCAAGUAGCCUUAGCUAAGCGUUCACGACCUAUUGGCCAUAAAAUUAUUAUUUCUAACUUAGAACCAUCUGUGACGUGUGAAGAUAUAAGAGAACUUUUUGCAGACAUAGGGGAUUUAUUAGAGUCUAAAGUAAUUCGGCCUGGUGUUGCUGAAGUGAUUUAUAAUCGUCGAGCUGAUGCUAUUCAAGCAGUAGAUGUAUAUCAUAAUCGCCAGUUAGAUGGCAGGCCUAUGAAAUGUGACAUGGUGAGGAAUGCCGGUUCUAACACUGGGCCAAUAUCUGUAUCUGGAACAAGUCGUAGAAUGCCUACACGUGGUGCUGAUUUGUAUAAACCAUCAGCGUAUGUCACUUAUGACAUAGAUGCCGUACAUACUGCAUUGUUUAAUAAAUAAAUUAUUAUUUAUCCUAAAAUUAAUGUAUGACAUUUUACUAGAUUCAUGUACCAUAUUUUUUGAUCAACAAUUUAUAAUUCACUUUUCACAUAAAUGCAAAUAUAAAAUAAAAUUAUAUUCAUUUUAAAUAAAAUGAUUAAUACUUACUCAAAACACAAUAAAAUAUAAAAUUUUCAAAUAAAUUAUGUUUUGGGAGUAAUACUUUUUUAUUAGCCAUUUAAGUAUAGAUAACUAUUUAUUGAUUAUCCAAAAGUUGAGGAUUUGAGAUACUCAAGAUUUAGUACAUAAAUAAUUAAUAUUUUUGUUUGUAAUGACAAAUGUACACUAAUUGGUUUUUUUAAAUUAUGACUGUAUUACCUUAGGGUAAAUGUUAGCCUAUAUGGCAUUGUAAAAUGUUUAUACAUAUACAAAUAUCAAGCAUAUGGAUUAUUAGUUAAGUUAAAAUAUUUAUUCAAUUUUUUUUAUUAAGUUUUUAAUAAUAACUU